GAGAACUUCGAAAGAUCACACCGAUCAAGCACCAUCCUUUCUCACUCAGAGUUCAUGUCUGACCUUACAAGCAAUAAUUUUCUUAUACCCUUUUUUAUAUAAUGACAUGCAUGUUCGUACACUUUCGUAUCAAGACACCAACUGCUAUAAAAAUGGCUACACCAUCUCAAUAUCCAUACAUUUCAGCUUAAGAAAUAAAUAACAUCACUAAACCUCCUACCAAGACUUCGACCAACCCAAGCUCAUAACCUCUUAGGCCUUAGUUACAUAUCAUGUCAACCAAUUAAUGCUCCCCCCAAAAGCUCUCUCUCUCUCCCUCUCUCUCUUUCUACUGCUAUAUAAUCCUUUCUUUCAGUUCCAUCUGUUUCACUACCCAAAUCUCCAUUUCAGAUUACAUGUGCAAGUUCCUUUCCCCCAUCUACUCUCUGUCUAUGUUGGCAUAUUGCUAGACAAUGAAGGGGAAAUUUCUAAAGGCAUGCAUUACCAAAUGGAGGAAGAUGGGGAAUAGAGUCAUACCUUGUGGCAGUUGCGAAUACUGUUAUGAGUGGGCAAAGUGGCCUAAUACCAAGAAUGAAGAGAGUUCAAUCCCGAGAGAUGUGCCAAAGGGUCACUUGGUAGUAUAUGUUGGUGAAAACUAUAAGAGGUUUGUAAUUAAACUUACCUUGCUCAAGCACCCACUGUUCAAGGCAUUGCUAGAUCAAGCUCAGGAUGAAUAUGAUUUUACCACAGACCCCAAACUCUGCAUUCCUUGUGAUGAAAGCCUUUUCCUCGAAGUUGUUCGAUGCGCUAGCUCUCCUCAAGAUUGAACACUCUCCCGGUGUCUAAAGGAUUUUAUGCUAGAAACUUGAUUGAUUCACGGGGUUUCAGUCUAAUAAGAACGCUAAUCUAUAGUAUACUGAGUAGAUCGUUGUAACAUUUUUUUUGUAGCAUAUAAAUGUAACUCCACUGAAAAAGUAUUUGACU